CACUUUCUCUCCAUCCUCCCUCUCUCUGUAACAGUGAUCAUCAAAGCAGGAAUAAACCUCAUCCUGUUGUAAUUGUGGUUUGAUUUUUUAUUUGUUAUUCUUUAAAAUAAUCUGCUGGAAUGGAACUUCUUUGUGUAAAAGUGAAAAAAGGAAGGUUGAAUGGAGCUGCUGACACAUUUAACACCUAUGUUGUUUUAAAAGUCCAAAAUCUAAAAAGCACCACAAUAAACAGAAAAGGAAGCGAACCUUGCUGGGAACAAGACUUUAUGUUUGAAAUCAGUGAUGUUGAAAAGGGCUUCGUGGUGGAGCUGUGGAAGAAAGGCUUGAUAUGGGACAAACUUUUAGGUACUUUAUGGAUUCCCCUAACAACUGUGGAAUAUGCAACAGAUGAAGGUUCGGGUGCAUGGUGGAUACUACAUUCUGAAGUCAUAAAAAAUGGAAAUGAAAUCUGUGGCACAAAAACACCAACUCAACAUGAGAUUUUACUGGAUGUCUACUUUGCAAUACUGAAUGAUUCGGAUUGCAGAAGCUAUUACAGGAGGGCUUCUCUCCAAGGUGCAUGUCAUUCACAUCAGGACACAUGCAGCAGCCUGUCACCCACGAAAAGUGCUCUCAGCGUGCAAGAAAAAGAACUAAGCAAUAAAGAUCAAGUUUACAUAAGUAGUUUGGCAAAAGCAAGAUGGACCAGAGCUAUUCAGAAGGAAAAAUGGAACAAAAGUACUUGAGCAACUAUUUUACAUCAGAAGUAGAUUUUAAACCAUUAGAUACGAUGAGUAGAAUAUUUCUGGAAAUUCCUGAGUAAUCAUAACAUAAGGCACAAGGUUGAAGAAUUUGAUUGCCCAAGGAAACACAAUAACUGGUCCAAAAAUAAGCUGCUUAAGAGACUAUUGUUACAAAAUAAAAUGUAAGCAUAAAAGGAAGGAAAUUAGU